AUGUUCGACAGAGCCCAGGACAUCGAACACUCGAGGGCCACAGAGUUUCUGCGGGGGCAUUCGCCUCUGAGCUUCGGGCAAUAUUACGCCUGGAAUCAGGCGUGCCAUGGGCCUUGCCCGCUGCGCCUCUGGGACUACGUCCCACUUUCCCACGUCUUUACUCUGUCAGUCACUUGGAGGUUCGGGCCCCUGCAGUGCAAGUUCAUGCGGGACACCUCCAAGGAGUGCGGUCGCAAGGAGCACCCGCUCAUGUGCGCGCUGGACCACGACGAUCGCGAGCGGUACGCGAACCUUGCAGAUGUACCUCAGACUGCCGUGAGAUUCGUGCGCUACUCGGACGCGCGCUGGUUUCCGGCCGUGACCCGCGGCGUCCUCGCUGCGGACGCCGAGGCCAUCGGCUUGGGCGCGCGCCGGAGAGCGCCCGACCGCGGCGGCGGCGCGGAGGAGGCUCCGCGGGCGGCUGCCUGCAAGCCUGUAUUCGAGCAGAUGCUGUUCGAGGGCAUGCUGUUCCUGCGCGCGAUGGCACUGGGCCGCGUUCUCGCGCCGGGCGGCACUCGCUCGGCAACUAUUGCACGUGGCACGAAGGCGAUUCUGACCAUGGUGUGGGCCAACGACGUCAGGGUGAACUUCGACGUCGUCGUGCGGGGCGCCCUCGAGAACGCGGCGCUCAUGGAGUCGUUCGGCAUGCCCGCGGAGAAGCCGCAUCUGGAGCUGAUGCGCUGCUUCAGCAAACCACAGUGUUCCCCCCGGAACCUGGGCGCGUUCGACGUUCAGGGCAACGCGCGGGACGCGAUGCGCAGGAACGUGGGCUUCACUCGAGGCAUCCUGUUCGCGUCCUCCCACGAGUGCGUCGAGUGCUUGGAGGAUGGCCGCGCGGCGCCGCACUGGAAGGCGCACUUCGAUGCGAGCCGGCGCGAUCGCGCGCUCGUGGUCUGGGGGCCCCCAUGCAAGUCGGGCGGCCCGACGCGGCCAGUAGACCCGCAGUGGAUCGACAGGAAGUGCGAGCUGGAGUGCGCCAACCGUUUCUUCGACGCCGUCAGGGCCUUCCUCUGGCCGUUGCCGAAGGUCGUGGCCGACGUGCGGAUGGCGGAUCCGUGGCCUGCGAGUUGCGUUCGCCCCCCCUCGCUGACGCUCGUGCAGGCGAUUCAGCUCGGGUGCGCGAACCUCUUCGACGACGGCGGGGCCUUCUUCGAUGUCGCGCAGUCGCCGACGCCGAACCCGGUCGACGGCGCGAGCUGGGUCAGCGAUUCAGACGUGUAUGGGCUGGCGCCCGACCGUGAAGCUCUCCAGAUGUCUCUGCCUCAAUUACUGAGGCCGAUCGGAGUGCGCGUGAACAACGGCCUGGCCACCGUCACCGCGUACUUCUUGGACGCAUCGCCCCGCCCCGAUGCGUCCAGUCCAACUCCGGAGGUAGCGGCGCGCGUCGCCGCGGCUGGUCGCGUGGCAGCGCGGCAGUCCAUCUGGCUGUUCCCUGAGACAUUUUCUGAGGGGCGCCCCAUCUACGCCAGGCUCCUCCCGUGCAAGCGCCUCCGCCUCGGGGGCGAUGCAAAGGAGCAGGGCCGGGGGGCGCGGACAGCGCUCGCAGUGGCGCUUGCGAAGGGUAGCGCCGAGACUCGGGGCGUCGUCUUGUGCCAGCACGUCGGCAACCCGGACGCCCUGCAGCCGCCGAACACAUGGCCGACGUUGUUCAAGAAGAUGCCGCUGCACGUCGCGCAUUGCGUCCUCGCGACGAUGCACUUCCUGGCGGGGACCUUCCUCGACGACGCCGCGGUCCACGUGCGACCUCGCUCCCUUUCAGAGGAUGAAGGCUGCGGCUGCCGAG